UAUACAAGCUGGUUCCAACAGACAAUGGUCGAAAAUUCUACAUGUCAUAUAAAUAAUUGACAUGAAUAUAUAAUUAAUAAAUUAUUACUGCAUUUUCUUAUAGUCUAUCUACUACAGCCCCAACAUAUCCUUCAAGUUUUAUGCGAUUUAAAGGUCGCUAACUUAAAAUCGAUUUUUGAUGGAUGAUAUUUAUGAUUGUAUGUGUAAUUCUUAAUAAAGAUAAUAAUAAAUCUACUUUUGUUAUAUAAUAGAGAAAAUGAGAUCGAAUCGAAACCAGUACCAACAUUAAAACAAUAUUUUUCACCUGAUUGGAUAAUUGAAAGAAAUAAAUGCAAUGAUUAUUCUCGACUUGUUUGUAAUCAAUUUCAUGGUUUGAUUAAUAAUAAAGAAAAUUCAAUUAUUAAUUCAAUUACAACAUCUCUUAAACCAAUUACUUCAAAAGAUAUUCAUUAUCCUGAAUCAAAAUCAACAUCAUUAUUAAUUAUUGAUUUUAUAUUAACAUUAAAAGAAAAAAAUCUUCUACCUUGUAUUGUUUUUUCGGAUAAUCGAUUAUUAUGUGAAAAUAUGGCUACAAGUGUUGCUGAAUAUUUUGAAAAUUUAGAAAAAAAUUUAAGAAAAACAAAAUAUAAAGAUCAAAUUGAAUUAUUAAAAGAACGUUUAGAAACAAUAAAAAACGCUCAAAAAAAAAUUAAAUCAAAAAAAAUAUCAAAAUCCUCUAAUAAACGAAAUCAUGAAGAAGAGAAUAUUGUUGAAUUAGAAAUAACAGAAGAAGAGAAACAUAAUCAAAUCUUACUUUCUGGUCUUGAACAACAAUUAUUAAAUGGUAUUUUGGAUGAAGGUACAUUAGCAAAUCGACAUGGAUGUGAUCGAGAAUUAGUUGAUUCUCUAUUAGAACGAGCAUUAUGGGAAAAUCCAAGAUUAGUUGGAUAUAUGCAACGAGGUGUAGCUUAUCAUCAUGCUGGAUUAAAUAAUAAAGGUCGAGUAGCUGUUGAAGCACUUUUUCGUAAUCGAUAUGUUCAAGUUGUUUUCUCUACAGCAACACUUGGUAUGUACUUAACAAAAUCUUUGGGUAUUCAUAUGCCAACAAAAACUGUUGCUUUUGUUAAAGAUUCAAUCUAUCUUGAUGCUUUACAAUAUCGACAAUCAUCAGGUCGUGCUGGUCGUCGUGGUUUUGAUAUUCAAGGUCAUGUUAUAUUUGUUGAUAUACCUUUAUCAAAAAUUAGUCAUUUAAUAAUAUCAGCUAUACCAAAUAUUCGUGCACAUUUUCCAACAAGUGUUACAUUUUUUAUGCGUCUUCUUCAUUUAUGUUCAAAUAGUAAAGAUUCAAAUGAUGCAAUAAAUCGAUCAUUAAUUGCAUUAGAAUGUUCUUUACUUGCACAAUCAUCUAUGAAACAUCAAUUUAUAGAUAUUCAAACACGUUUUCAUUGUUUAUUUACAUUAGAUUUUCUUUAUCGAUUAAAUUUAAUUAAUCGACAUGGUGAUCUUAUUGGUUUAGCUGGUCUUCUAACACAUUUACAUUAUUUUGAACCAGCAAAUAUUUUACUUGUUUAUCUUAUGGAUACUAAAUAUUUUCAUUUAGUGAAAGAUGAAAUUAAAAUUAUGACUAUAUUUGCUUAUCUUUUUACUAAUAUGCCAUGGUAA